GCGAAGUCUGCCAACUGGGACUUCUGAGCCGGGGGAAGGCCCGGGCGUUCCUUCCCUGCGCCCCCAACUCUGGGUCGCGCGCUCCGCUACAGUGCUGGGGCCAUGGGUGCUGUGUGCCGCCGACCUCUCGUCCUUCCGGAGCCCCCUCUGGGGCUGGGACUGUUGCUACUGCUCCAGUACGGGCUGGCUCCGUGUCGCGCUUCCCCGCGGCUCUUGGACCAUCCGGCUCCCAUUUGCUCCCAGCAGGGGCUAAACUGCACAGUCAAAAAUAGUACCUGCCUGGAUGACAGCUGGAUCCAGCCUCAAAAAUUGACCCCCUCAUCCCCAAAAGAUGUCCAGGUCCAGCUGCACUUUGCCCACACCCAGCAUGGAGAUUCCGUCCCCGUGGUUCAUAUUGAAUGGACACUGCAGACGGAUGCCAGCAUCCUCUACCUGGAGGGUGCAGAGCUAUCUGUCCUGCAGCUGAACACCAAUGAGCGUUUGUGUGUCAAGUUUGAGUUUCUCUCUAAACUGCAGCAUCAUCAUAAGCGGUGGCGUUUUACCUUUAGCCACUUUGUGGUAGAACCUGGCCAGGAAUAUGAAGUGACCGUUCACCACCUACCCAAGCCCAUCCCUGAUGGGGACCCAAACCACCAGUCCAGAAACUUUCCUGUGCCAGACUGUGAGGACCCCAAGAUGAAGAUGACCAGGCCCUGUGUGAGUUCAGGCAGCCUGUGGGAUCCUAACAUCACCGUGGAGACCCUGGAAGCCUACCGGCUGCGGGUGAGCUUCACUCUGUGGGAUGAAUCUACCCAUUACCAGAUCCUGCUGAACAGUUUCCCACGCACAGAGAAUCAGAGAUGUUUCAAACACAUACUGGAUAUACCUGCGCCCACACGAGAGGACUUCCGCCAGCGAUCCAAUGUCACGCUCACCCUACCAAACUUUAAUUGGUGCUGCCACCACCAAGUGCAGAUCCAGCCCUUCUUUAGCAGCUGUCUGAAUGACUGCCGUAGACACUCCGUGAAUGUUUCCUGUCCAGAAAUUCCAGCAGACCUGAUUGCAGAGUACAUACCCCUGUGGGUGUAUGGUUUCAUCACGGGCAUCUCCAUCCUGAUGGUGGGCUGCAUCAUCCUGCUGAUCCUCUGCAUGACCUGGAGGCUAUCUGGGUCUCAUCAUGAAAACUAUGGCAAUGACAACAGAGACACAGAUGUCCUGCCCACCACUGGCCUGAUGCCCCCUCCCCUGAAGCCCAGAAAGGUUUGGAUUGUCUACUCCGCUGACCACCCUCUCUUUGUGGAUGUGGUCCUAAAGUUCGCUCAGUUCCUGCUUACUGUCUGUGCUAUUGAAGUGACCCUCGACCUGCUGGAGGAGCAGAUCAUCUCAGAGAUGGGGGUCAUGAGCUGGGUGGGCCGGCAGAAGCAGGAGAUGGUAGAGAGCAAUUCCAAGAUCAUCAUCCUGUGUUCCCGAGGUACCCGGGCCAAGUGGCAGGCCAUACUUGGCUGGGAGGAGCCUGCUGUCCAGCUUCGAUGUGACCACCAGAAGCUUGCUGGGGACCUUUUCACAGCAGCCAUGAACAUGAUCCUGCCAGAUUUCAAGAAGCCAGCCUGCUUUGGCACCUACAUCAUAUGCUACUUUAGUGACAUCAGCAGUGAGAGUGAUAUCCCAGACCUCUUCAACAUCACUUCUAGGUACCCACUCAUGGACAGAUUUGAGGAGGUUUACUUCCGGAUUCAGGACCUGGAGAUGUAUGAACCUGGCCGGAUGCACCGUGUUGGGGAGCUCACAGGGGAGAAUUACCUGCAGAAUCCCAGUGGCUGGCAGCUCAAGGAAGCUGUGGAGAGGUUCAGAGAGUGGCAGGCUCAGUGCCCUGAUUGGUUUGAGCGUGAGAACCUCUGCUCAGCAGAUGACCAGGAUACCCCGUCCCUGAAUGAAGAGGUGUCUGCAGAGUGGCUACUGCCACCUGGAAGAGGGAUUGUGAAGCAGGAGCCCCUGGUGCAGGAGCCUGCUGCUGAGGGCCACCUGGUGGUGGCACUGCUCAUCACUGAGGAAGGCAGAGAAGUGGCCAGGCUACAACCUAAGCUUCAGCCCCAGGGGCAGCUGGUGGCCCAAACCCUUCACACCAUGGUGCUCCCCCUGAAGGCUGUCCCUCCCACUCAAGAUGUGGUACCUGCCCCUCCUGCUAUUAGGAGCAGCACAGCCAGUCAGUUGGCCAUUGUGGAAGGAGAUGAGGCCUGCCCACUGCUGGAAUGCUGUGACCCUCAGCAGAACAGUGUCCUCUUCCUCCCCAUGGACUCAGAGGACCCACCUCUCUGUAGCACCCCUAUGGCAUCACCAGACCACCUCUCAGAGGAUGAAAGGGGGCAGCUUGAAGGCUUGAUGCUCUCACUCUCCCAGGAAAGUCUGAGCUACCAGACCCCUGAGGGAUGGGAGAGACCUGUGGUGGUCUUCAAAGACCGAUACAUACCCUAUGGAGAGGGGCAGUGGGAGUCAGUGCAGUCUGACCAGGGCUACAUCUCCAGGAGCUCCCCACAACCCCCUGAUGGACUGGUGGAAAUGGAGGAAGAGGAAACAAAGCAGAACCUGGGAAAGUCUGCCAAGCAACUCUCUCAUGAGGCCCUGAAGAGCCUGAGAAGCCUCCAGCGACAGCUUUUCUUCCAAGAGCUUCAGAAUAACUCUGGCUGGGACAAUAUGAAACCAGAGAGGCCAGUUACAUAGUGCCUCCUAGACAAGAGCAUUGAGAGAAGGGAGUGUACAUGUGUGUCUCUAUAUGUAUAUACUAGAGGCCUAAGUGCACAAAAUUCAUGCACUUGGUGGGGGUGUCGUUCAGCCCAGCCUGCACCCUCUCCAAUCUGGGAUGCCUCUCACAAUCCGGGACUGCUGGCUCCCAACCGCUUGCCUGCCUGCCUGCCUGAUUGCCCCUAACCGCUUCUGCCUGCCAGCCUGAUCACUCCCUAACCACUGCCCUGCCAGCCUGAUCAAUGCCUAACUGCUCCCCUGCUGACCCAGUCACCCCCAACUGCCCUUCCCUGCCGGCCCAGUCACCCCUAACUGCCCUCCCCUGCCAGCCUGGUCACCCCUAACUGCCUUUCCCUGCAGACCUGGUCCCCCCCAACUGCCCUCCCCUGCCAACCUGGUUGCCCCCAACUGCCCUCCUCUGCAGGCCUGGUCAUUCCCAAUUGCCCUCCCCUGUAGGCCUGGUCCCUCCCCCAACUGCCCUCCCCUGCAGGCCUGGUCCCCCCAGCUGCCCUCCCCUGUAGGCCAUCUCGUGGCAGCCUUCUUGUGACCACAUGGCUGCGGCCAUCUUAUGCGAGGGUGUGAUGGUCAAUUUGCAUAUUGCCUCUUUAUUAUAUAGGAUAUUCAUAUGUGAAAUGAUACCUUUAAAAUAUAGACAUCUUGAUUUUUAUCUUCCUUAAUUUUUUUUACUGGGACCCUAGAGCCCCCAAAUCUCACACUAGUCACCGUAGUGCUGGAAAUUCUGUCAAUCAGAGUGUGGUGUUUGUUGUCAGCCAAAUGCCAAGAGCUUCAAGAAUUUGUAUAAAGCAAGCCAGGCCUUUCUUUUUGUAUUAUUUUGAACCAUAGCUAAAUAAAAUCCUGCUUUGCCCAGAAGAGCCCCUCCAAGAACAGAUGUCCUCCAACCUAUGACUCUCCCACCUCUCUGGCUCUGCUCCUAAAUAGACUGUAGCAGAGGUGGCUCCAGGUGGGAAGAAGCCAACCUUGUGACCAAAACAUGAAGGGGAGCAGCUGCCUGUGACUGCUGUCCAAUGCAAGCCUCUGAACUUUGGGUGGAUUUCCAUAAGUUUUUUCUGGCAGCUGUCUUGAUCCUAGUGAGGGGGGUGUAUAAUUAGAUGAUGUGCAGUCUGGACAUUGCUUGAUGUAGUGUUGCUUAUACUUUUAUAAACCAGUUUCUCUGCCUAGGAAGGCCCUCAGCCGUGUUUCAGUUUUGAGGGGGUAUGUUCAGUCACUUAAACAUUCAUAUAGUAAUUUGAGCUGGGAUCUCCGAAUGCCAGGGUAUGAUGGCUUUCACUUAUUUCCUGCUGAUCUUUGAGUAUUAAAUAAGGCAUAAGGGAAAAGAAGCUGUACUAUGGGUGAGUUUUAUUCUGUGACCUUUAGGCCCAGCAAUUGGUGUUCUUCCCAAAAAAGUCAGGGGUUGAGCCAGUCUGUUCUGCUCCAGGAUCUUCAAGACAGUAGGGGCCCAAGUAUACCUGAACUCAGAGUAAAAUGCAGAGCUGGCCUUGCAGCCCUGGCCCUGGGCCUCAAGUAAGGUGUAUUGGAGAGUGAGUGUCCUUAAAAGAAGGCCGACAACAGUUAACACAAACAGGCCCCUGGCUCUGCUGCUUGCCAGCCAAAUGACUUAAAUCAAGAUAUCUUCCUUAAGCCUGCCAACUCUUGAUCACCAUUGGCCCCAAUUCAACAGCAACAGGACUCUCUAAUUUGUGGUGUGGUGAAGAAAGAAACUUGAUUCAGUGCAAAACAGCUCAAUUGUGAUACAGGACAGCUAUAGGACAGUUCUGGGGCCAGGCCCUUCUUGGGCCAGAUAGCUCUGCUCUGUGCAGGUCUGCUUUGUGCUGUACUGCUUUGCUUUGCUCCAUUCUGCUUUGGCCUGCUCUCUGCUCCAGCAAGACAUCUUUGGUGUUUAGCUCAGCCAAGGAGACUCAGUCUUGGUGGAGGGAAAGUUACACUUUCAGAACCAGAGAGGAGCUGGCUUAUAUAGAUAGAAGUCCCCACCCCUGACCCCUGAUUCAUCUGUCCUCAUGCAAAUGAGGACUUCAUAUCCUCCCAGUUUGAUUGGUCCAGAAGGCACUGCCCUGAUGGUCAGAAUAGAGCCACUCUGGUUGGUCAGAGCUGUUAGCUCCAAUUGGAUGUGGAAAAACCUGUCUUAUUGGUUAAAAUAGGAUUCCAGGAGCUUUUAUAAGGGCUGAUUCACAUGGCAGAAACCAUGCAAACAGGCAGUUCAGUGCAGGCUUCUCCUUUAAGUAUAGUUUGUGUAAAAGGCCCCUGUGUAGAAAUGGCUGCUAGGCUAUUUUUGUUUUUGUUUUAGCCCAGUUAGCCACUAGGAGACAUUAUUUUAUUUUUUUAUUGUUUAAAUAUUACAAAUAGUAGUACAUAUGUCUCCUUUUUUCGCCCCAAUUGACCUUCCCCCAGGCUCCCCUACCCGCCGGCACAUGCCCUCACCCCACCACCCUAGUGUCUUGUGUCCAUUGGUUAUACUUAUAUGCAUGCAUGCAAGUCCUUCAGGUGAUCUCUUGCCUUCCUCUCUGCCCGCCAGCCUUCCCGCUGUAAUUUGACAGUUUGUUCAAUGCUUCUCUGCCUCUGUAUCUUUUUGUUCACCAGGUUUUAAUGUUCUUAAUUAUCCAUAAAUGAGUGAGAUCAUGUGGUA